CUCACCAGAAAACACUCAUUCAUCCUCACAAACAUACAUACAUUUCUCUCACUCUUUCACACACUCACACACUCAGUCGGCAGCACCAGCAGCAGCAUGUUUCGGUGGAGGCUCCCCCAGGCAGUGUGUGUGCUGUCGGUGUGUGUGUGUCUGGCUCUCGCCUAUGAGGAUGAUAUCGAGGUCAACUAUGCUGACACCUACUACAAUGAAAUCACAGAGGGAGAGACGCCAGAACCCACACCGAGUGUAGCCCCUUGCAGUUCUCCAGACCUGACCAAAUGGGACAAAAUCUUCUCGAUGCUGGAGAACAGUCAGAUGAGGGAGACCAUGCUGCUUCAGUAUGCCGAUGACAUCGUCAAGGUGGAGAUGGGGUCGCUGCGUGGCGAAAUGCUGAGGUUUGUAGCCCAGUACGGUGGCUCCUGUGGGGUUGCGGUGGAGACAGCAGGAAGAAGGAUGGCCCUGCAGGUGGAGGCCCGUCUCAGAGAAACCCUGGAGCGCCUCAAACAGGGAGAUCAGGCUUCUGCUGCUGCUGCUGCUGCUGCUGCUGCUGCCAGUGGGAAUUCUGUCGGGAAUUCAAACCACCUGGAGGCGAUGCUACAGCAGCUUCUCUCUGCAGCACGAACGCAAGCGUCCCGACUUGCCAAGCUGGAGACCAGCUGCUUAACCAGCCCAGGAGCCGGGAUGGGGAUGAGUUCAAAAACAGGAUUCCAGCUUCCAGAGGGUGGACGGGCUGGGCACCGGGAGCAGGAGGUCACAUCACGAGAGGUGGCUCUGGAAGGGGUGCUGGCUGCGCUGCAAGAGACAAGAGUGGAGCUCCAGGAGGUGCUGAGGUCAUCGAGGCAAAGAUACCUACCUGCAGGUUGUGAGAUGGCGCUUCUCUUCCCCAUGCGUUCCCGUCGCAUCUACACUUCUGUCAUACCAGACGUCCCUCUUUCACUGUCUUCCUUCACCGUCUGCCUGUGGGUGAAGCCCACCACCAUCUCCAAUAAAACCGUGCUGUUCACCUAUGGCAACCGUCGGAACCCAUAUGAGAUCCAGCUGCUGCUCGGCCAAACCUCGGUCCUGUUGACCAUUGGAGGAGAGGCUCACCUGGUGGAGGCACGGGGUGUGGUGAACCCGUCAAGGGCAUCGGAAUGGAUCCACCUGUGUGGAGCUUGGUCCUCCAAGCAGGGCCUGGCAUCCCUGUGGGCAGGUGGGAAAAAGGUGGCCUCCACACCCGGAGUGGCUGAGGGACACGUCUUACCCGACGGAGGCUCGCUCCAGCUGGGGCAAGAAAGGAACGGCUGCUGCCCUCUGUCUCCAAGCAGCGGGAACGUGGUGCCAGGGUUUGAGGCAGGGUUCGAUCCCAAGCUGGCAUUCGCAGGAAAGAUGACAGGAGUGAACAUGUGGGACAAGAUGCUGUCAGAGGAAGAGAUCUCCCAGCUGGCUUUGCAGGAGGGCCAGGGCUGCGAGCAGAGGGGGAACAUAGUGGCAUGGGGCGUGACAGAGAUGGUGCCACAUGGAGGUGCUCAGUUCAUCAACUAACAGACUCAUCAGCAUCAUCAUAGUCAUCGUCAUCGUGAACAUCAGCAACAUCGUAAUAAGCUUUCAUGCCAAAACUGAGGAAACAACUGCUUGCUUUUUCAUUAUCAUCUUUGUCCCCAUAGUUUGAUGUUUUAACAAUUGUGUUGCUAUCAAGAUUGUCUCGUUCCUCAUCAUCUUCGUCACUUUCAUUACCAUGAACUGAAAUGCUGCAAUGAACUCUCCCGGAAGUGUCACAUUUGAUUGAGAGUAAGCCAAUGCUAUGAGAGACUGAAGUUUAUUUUUCUAACAUAACCUUUUGAACUGAGGCCAUAACAAACACGCGCUGCACUCUGUGACACGCACACUCCAACACUGACGUACAUUCAGCUUAGUAAACUUGCAUUGUAGCAGGAAAUGUGAUGCAGAAAGCAGCAUUUACCAAAGACUUAAUUAAAGUGCAAGAAAGACAAAGAGUCUAUUGUUAAAGUGAACGUGGUUCUGAGCCAGUAAACAGGAGUAAUCACCGGACAGCCAUGCAGGAGAAGAAAAUAAGAGGUCACAGACAGUUAAGAGAUUAUCUUGUAAUUGUAGAGUGAUGUAUUUUUUUAGAGUAACAAUGCCUUUUCCCCCUCUUUCUAUCUAGAUUUGUACAGAAACAGCGAGUGUAGGUAAUCUAUUUUCAAUGCAAAACCUGUUUCGCCAUAAAGUAUUAGCUUUCCUACCUUUGCGGUCUUGUAGGUAUAAUUAUUAGAAAUUGAAGACUAGACAGCUAUCCCUGUUACAGCUGAAAGCAGAGGUACCAUACUAAUGUUAGAAAUGUUAAAAACGUUUUGUAAUGUGAUGUGCAGCGCAACAUAUGAUCUAUCAAACACUUGUGAGACUGAAAACUGCUGUACUUGCUUCCUUUCAAGCAUGGCCAACUAGUAACUGUAGAAAUAGCUUCAAAGA